UUAAACCGGAUGUGAUUUUAUUUUAUUUCCGGUUGUAGCAUCCUUCAGUUUACGAAGUAGAAAAUGACGUUAUUUUCAUAAGUUUCUUGACAUUUCCUCGCAAUUUCUUUAUUGAUUUAAUUUUGAUUUACUGACAUACUGGAAACUAUGAAUUUAAAGGUUUUCAUUGGAUUCAUUGCAAUUUUGCACUAGAAGUAAUUGAUUGGAAAAUGAUUGAGUCAAGAACAUUUUCUGUAUCUAGUCAAACUCAAAAUGCUUUCAAGGUUAUGCAUGAGUUACGACUUCGUAACUUAUUGUGUGAUGUCAUACUUCGUGUUGAUGGGAAGGAGUUCACUGGACAUAAAAUCGUGCUCUGUGGAUGCAGUCCGUAUCUUUGUGCCAUGUUUACAAAUGGAAUGUUGGAAUCAGAAAAAACACAAGUUGAAAUACAAGGGCUGGAGUCAUGGGCAAUGGGCGAGUUGAUCGAAUUCAUGUACACAAGUGUAAUUGAGAUCAAUGUGAACAAUGUAGAGGGAAUUCUGCAAGGAGCCAGUUUACUAGGAUUACAUCAACUGAGGAAGAUGAGUGCAACAUUCCUGCAAUCACAACUUACUGCCUCCAACUGCUUGGGUAUCCAUUGUCUUGCUGAUAUGUACAUGUGUGGAGAACUAGAGUCUGCCUCCAGACAUUUUAUCAAUCAAAAUUUCCUGGAGAUCAUCCACUGCGAGGAGUUCUUGCAGUUGUCAUGUGAACGCCUUAUCCCGCUGCUCAAGAGUGACAAAAUCCGGGUGAACAAUGAGUACCAAGUUAUGGAGGCGGUGUGUAAUUGGAUUCAGUGGGAUCCGGACAACAGAUUCUCCGAAGCUUGUCGUCUUCUCCAGCACGUCAAGUUGCCACUGUUAGAUAUUUCUUAUUUAGAAAAUGUUGUAGUGCAAUCAGAUUUUUUCAAAAAUUGUCCCAAGUGCCAGCAGUUGAUUAGCAAAGGUAUUACAACAUUGCAUGAUGAAACAUCUUUGCAGCUCAUUAGACCUCGUGCAAUGCCUAUCAGUAUAUAUGUUCUAGGAGGGCGAAAUAGUGCAAAUUGUCAGUUACCGAGCACUGAAAGAUACGACUUCUUAGAGGAUCAGUGGACACAUGUGAGUGUUAUGAACAUAGCCCGUACAGCGGUAGGAGCAUGCAGCAUAGAAGGUAUGCUGUAUGCUGUAGGAGGGGAAUGUGCCUUAGCUGACACCCAGGAGGAUACACUGUACCUGCGAUGUGUGGAGUGUUACGAUCCGGUACUCAGGCAGUGGGUCCCAAAACCGGACAUGAAAGUAGCCAGGUCGUUUGUUGCUGUUGCAGCAGUCGGAAAAUACUUGUAUGCGAUCGGGGGAGAAGAUCGUUCUACUAGCUAUAGUGUUAUGGAGAAAUAUGACAUCAAUACAGAAGCCUGGUCAUUUGGUCCAAACAUGAAAAGAAAACGAGCAGGGGCAGGCAUCUGUGUGUGUGAUGGAAAAAUUUAUGUUGCAGGAGGAUAUGAUAAAACUCUUCACAUGGAUCGAGCCAGCGUGGAAUGUUACGACCCAGGGACUGAAGAUUGGACUUUUGUGACAGAGAUGGAGAAAGCUAGAUCUGGCCUUUCCUUGAUUGCUAUAGAUCACAACAUCUACAUGAUCGGAGGUCGAUACAAAACGGCUGAUCAGUACUUUGAUGUCACAGAAAGAUACAACACCAUCACCAACCACUGGACAACCCUAUCGUCUAUGAACCAGCCACGUGCCUGGCCAGGUAUUGCAGUGUAUGAUGGGAAGAUUUAUUUGAUUGGAGGAUUUGAUGGCUCGUAUAGACUCCGAAGCGCAGAGGUGUAUGAUAUAGACAGGGACAGGUGGUCAUUUAUCAGUAACAUGCUGGUAGGGAGAGCAGGGUGUGGGGCAGCCAUAGUCUAAAAAAACACGUCCUCUUCCCCCCCGAGGAACACGGCAGGAACUGAUUGUCCUUUCGUGCACUGAUUUUCUUUGUGAUUUAAUUGUGAUAUAUUUCCAGCUCUCCUUGUUCGUAUGUUGUAAUAUCCCAGUAUUUACUGUGUAUGAUUUGUUUUAAGGCAUUUACAGAAUUUUCUUAUGCUUAUUUAUUUAAGGCUGUGAUGUAAGAUAGUCAAACAUUGUAUUCAUACUCAGUGCUGCUAGAUGUGAUACAAGAUCUAUAGAACUCAGUACAGCAUAUACAAAGUACAUCAUACAUAUUAUUUUAUUAUGAUAUUUAAUUGACACGGAGAUUGCUUUUAGUUCACUUGAGCUGAAGGUUUAGCUUUUUUGAGCUGGAAGUUUAGCUUUUCUGAUUGAAUCAUAAGUAUAAUGUAAGUCUAGUACACAUCAGCUCUGUGUGUUUGUUGUUAGCUUUUCACAUUUUUUUUACUUCUCCUGGCCCCAGGAUCAUGUAACAAACUCAGACUUGAGUCAAAUUUUCAAUCACCCGUAAGAUGUUCAUUACUUUAGAACUGAAACUCUUAAUUUGUAGACCCUAAAAAUUUGACGAAGUGACAUUGAAUAACAAUUUUAUAUUGGAAUCACUGACUUCUCAAUCAUUUCAUCGCAAUAUUCAGAUUUUAACUUAAGCUUAACAUGUUUCAUGAUCCUGGGGCCUGAACUACUAGGUCAUUUUCAGAGCUGCUCUCUCUUCCAAAGGUUAUUGUCUGAUAAUAGUGAAAGCAAUAGUUAAAUCAUAUGGAAACCCAAGACAAGACCAGAGGAAUUUUCAUGGAGACAUUCUUAUUAUAGAUGUAAGGGUGUAUCAUGGUACUUUCAUGGAGACAUUCUUAUUAUACAUGUAAGGGUAUAUCUUGGUACUUGGUGGGACUCUGUUGGGGCCCAAAUAUUACCAGUCUUAAAUUCUCAGAAAGAGAAAAUGCUACAAAAGGGGUUCAAAGUUUAACAUUGGCAUGCUAAGCAGAAAAAUUCUCAGAAUCUUUGAAUCUUCAGUGAUGAAGAGUAUAAAAGGACGGGUGUCAUAUUAUGCCAGUGUCCAACAGAGUUCAGACAUGAUCUCCACUCAGCAGGCACUAAUCAAAAGCGACUUGGCGGUAAUCAUUGGAUAAAGAUAUGACCUUGGAUCCAUUUCUUGUCAGGUGGAGCCAAGUCUUCUGCUAGCUAAUUUCUUAUCAAGUUGAAAUGCAAGUUUGUGUAAAUGUCAAGUGAUUGGGAAUAUGGAAAUGACUCUUUUUUUUUUACCAGGAAGGUCAGUGAUUUGGAUGAAGGCUAGUUUUUUUUGCCUGUCUGUUGAUAUUUAUCUACAGCUAUUAAAAAUGAAUAAAUGCGCUCUGAAACUUAUCAUUAACAGUCUUCCGUUGACUUGAACAGACUUUUGCUUAAGAUUGUUUUGGUGUUACCAUGGUAACAUUUAUGUAUCACACUGUUGCUUGUGUAUGUGCCUCUGUCAAAUUUUGAACUGCAGGUGACACAUGUAUGUUUCUUGAGACACUCGAGUUUAAAUACCACAUUACUGUUAGCAUUCAUGUUUGUGUUGAAAUACACAUCAUCAGUAAAUGUGAUGCAUGUUUAUUUCAUGCGAAGAUCUCUGUCAGUGAUAAAUUUGCAAAUUGUCAAAUCUGAUUGUUUUGAGAUCACUGUGUUUGUAUGUAGAUAUUACCAUGCAUUUCUUCUGAGAUAUAACAUGUAGAUAUUACCAUUCAUUUCUUCUGAGAUAUUGCAUGUAGAUAUUACCAUUCAUUUCUUCUGAGACAUUACAUGUAGAUAUUACCAUCAUUUCUUCUGAGACAUUACAUGUAGAUAUUACCAUUCAUUUCUUCUGAGACAUUACAUGUAGAUAUUACCAUUCAUUUUUUAAAACUCUGUUGUAAGAACAAAAAAUUUGAGUUCAUUUUUAUGCAUUUAAGUGAAUGUUUUAAACCAAGGUGCAACAAUGUUGAACUUGGCUCAUAUUUUACUGAAGGGUGGUUUUUGGCCACAAUCUCAUUUCCUAAUGAUGAUUUAAUCACCUUAUAUCAAAAAAUCAUAAAGGACGCGUGGGUACCUCUCGUGCGAAGACGACCCCGAUUGUUUUCUGGAUCCUGUAGAAAUUUUGAGUUUUCAGAUGAAAUAGAUGACUCAAUUGCAACCAAGCUGGAAUAUAUAUACUAUACAAUUAAUUACAUAUCAUGUGAAAAAGAUCUGUUUUAGGGUCAGCUUUGUUUAAGGACAAGAUCACCAUCAUUAAAAAAGUGAUUAGUGAUUUUUCUGACGUGAGAAAUAUCCCCAUUGCUUUUAGGUCACUCGGUUUUGCGUUUUUUGGUCGCUGCCAUCAGAAAUAUAGUUGUGACUCAACUAGAGUACCAUUGAUAUUAUUUUUAAAUACAGCGUAUUUGUUGUUUAUUUUAUCGAUUUAGAAGAGAAUCAUGUUACCAUUGCUGCUGAGUUGUCCAAAACUAUUUCUGUAUGAAUUGUAUGUGGGCAUGUAUAAUAAUGUAUGCAAUUGAUGUACAUUGUACCUGGUGAGUGAAUUGAUUGCUUGCUUGUUGACAAUUGCAGCAAGCAUGCAUUAUUCCGCUGGGCAUGGGCUACUUCUGUUGAUUAUGCUUAAUAAAUGAUUUUGAAAUUUUCA